AUGUUCCAUGGGAUGAAAAACAAUUUCACCGCAGAUGGAAUUCAAUCUUUGACAAACAAUCUUUUUUAUACGUAUGCUAGGUGCACACAAUCUAUAUCCAUUGUUCCUCCAGCAUACUAUACACAUUUAGCCGCCCUUAGAGCACGAUUCUAUAUGGAACCAGAGAAUGGCUCUACAGCUGAUGGUGGCAAUCCUAGUCAUAGUUCCAAGGGAACAACAAGAGCAGCUGGAGAAUGUGGUGUGAAGCCAUUAAGAGAGUGA